GAAAGGAAAAACGAGGAAGCAAUUGAAGAGAACGACGGGAAUUUUCAGCUGCAGAUCUCCUUCUGCUUGCUCCAAGUUCUGCUGGUUCUUUUUCCUCUCUCAAGAGCAGACGAAUUCAACUUUAGCUUGAACUUCUUUCAUUCACAAACAUAUUUGUCUCUGUAUUCUUGUUUUCUAUGAUUAUCUGUUAAUUUCACUGUUAAUUUCGAUAUGGAUUCAUUUGCAAUUUCUUCUCUCGUUUUCCUGAUUAGCAGUUUGAUUGAGUCGGUUUUGAUCAGACAUUAGAUGCGAGGCACAUGGAGGGGUACCAUGAUGGGAGUUGGGAGUAUGAGCUUAUUGGAUCUCAAGAAAUCAAAAAGCAUGCUGAAGGAGCUUCUGGGGCAAUUGCCGACAUCAAAUACCUCAGGAGCAAGAUAACAGCUGGUAAGACCUGAUACCUAAGUCUGCUAUAGGAGCCUCUGCUAUAGGAGCAAGAAUCCAAAGGAGAAUCAUGCAAGAGAGAUUGAUAUCAAAGGAAUUUUGUUUGCAUUGCUGCAUUGAACAGAUGGCUGCGUAGGGUAGUGAAAAUAAGGUGUUUGAUUCUAAGCCAUGGAUAGGGAAACCAAACGACUGUCAACCGAAGGCCAUAAGCGCUCUUCAUGCCAUUGCCAUGAACACCAAUUUACAAGAAAAUGAAGAUCUGAAUGCCACAUUUCUAACAAUAAUUCCAACAGAACUGAAGGAGAAGUUGUUUCAAUUCGGAUCUCACAGCAGCUCCUGUAGCACCACUGAAAUCUGGUAUUCCUCUCUUCAAAGGCUCAAUGUUUAUCACCAAUGACAGGUCAAAUUGUUUCCUUUUAAACUUCCUGACCACCAUCAACCAUAGAAACAAAAAAUGAAGCACCGUGGAAAAAAAUUAUUCUAUUAGACUUUCUUAACACUAUAUUGCACAACACACGCGCCACGAAACUAUCCACCUCUAUAAUAGAUGAAUGAUUCAUUGUAAAGAAGACAUUUAUCAACAUGCUAGAAUCUAUAGAUUCAAUACUUCCUGUGCAUGGAUAAACAAUCUUGAAUCAAGAUUGUAAUUCACU